AUUCAUUCUGCUUUUUAAAGCUCAUUUAGACGUUGCUCUCUCAAAACAAUCCUCUGUUUUCUAGCAAUCUGAGCAUGCCCAGAAUGGUGCAAUACUUCAUAGCAAAGAUUUGGGAUUUUAGUGCCUUAUUAUGUUGAGGAGUUGAAUAGGAGAUUUGGAAAAGGAAGCUUAAAUUCAUUUCUUGUCACCAUGUAUGACCUGCUGCUACAAAAUCUUAUAAGUUCGACAGAAUAUCGCCGAUAUUUCCCUAUUGAUCCUGCCUUCGACUCGGGUCUGAAAAAUUCAUAGAAACAGACUUCAAAGAUGGGAUGCUCUGCUUCUAAAUUGGAUGAAGAAGAGGUUGUCAAGCUCUGCAGAGAUCGAAAGAACUUCAUCAAACAAGCAAUUGAGCAGAGAUAUAGAUUUGCUUUGAGCCACAUCGCUUAUAUGGAUUCUCUAAGGAGAGUCUCCCUCUCUCUCCUUAAAUUUGUCGAAGGAAAUGAGCAUCAUGAUUUCUUUGCAGAUCACUACGCAACUCCUCCCUUCACACCAGUAAAGAGAUUGAGCCCUGAUAUCGUUGGAAUUCCUGUGAAGUCUGAGAGAAACACAACUUAUGUGAUAAACUAUUUGAGGUCAGGUGGUAACUCUUCAGUUCCUGUUGAGGAAUGGCUCAGAGCACCGGAAACUGGUAGGGUUGAAUCAUUCUAUCCUUCAAGCAAUUAUGGUGAUGAUGGCUUUUUCACCUAUGAAGCUUCACAAAUGAGUAGGCCAUUCGCUUCUUCGCCUCAUAAUAGACCAAGCGAUUCAAAUUCGUUCUCUCAGAACCCACAUUGGGAUUUCUUUUUGAAUCCCUUCUCAUCGUUGGAUCAAUAUGGUUAUCAAUACAGAUACAAUGAUGAUGAUGGUGAUGAGACUGCGAGAGAAGAAGACAAGGGAAAUGAGAAAGAAGAGGAAGAAGAGGAAGAGGAGGAGGAUGAUUCUGAUGACGACGACGAUAGUGAUCAUGAUCAUGAUAAUAACGGUGAAGAAAACAAAGAGGAUGUGAACCCCAAGUCUGCCACCAAACCAACUUCAGUGUCAGUUUCUGAUGAAAGAGAAAAGAUUGAGGAUUUAAAGGAGUGCCAGACUCAGGGGGCAGAGAGCAUGGAAGUGUCAGAAGCUCGAGAUGCUGUAGAAGUUGAAGCAGGUGCAAGAAAUGGAGAAGCAGAAGAAACUCCUGGUUUUACUGUGUACGUGAAUCGAAGACCUAAUAGUAUGGUUGAUGUCAUUAAGGAUUUAGAGAACCAGUUUGUAAGAACCUUUGAUUCGGCGAAAGAGGUCUCAGUCAUGCUCGAAGCAAACAGUGCUCAGUACUCGGCUCCAACUGAACUUACAGGAGCUAGGAUAUUGAACCCUGCUUCUCUGUUUAGUGCCCCCUCAUCACGGUCAUCGUCUGCUCGGUUCCUUCAAAGUUCUAUAAAUGCAAGGGAAGAUCAGGGUGAUGAAGCCAGCAGCAAUUACUCAGAAGAAUGUUGUAUGAUAUCUGGAAGCCAUCGGGCCACAUUAGACAGAUUGUAUGCAUGGGAGAAGAAGUUAUAUGAAGAAGUAAAGCGCGGAGAGCGUAUUCGCAUAGCAUAUGAUAAGAAAUGCAUGCAGCUUCGGAACCAUGAUGUGAAUGGAGAGGAGCCUAGUGUUGUCGAUAAAACAAGAGCCGCUAUAAGAGAUCUCCAUACUCGCCUGAAGGUUUCCAUCCAUUCUGUCGAAUCUGUUUCUCGAAGAAUUGAAGCUUUAAGGGACGAGGAAUUGUACCCACAGUUACUUGAAUUGAUCCAAGGAUUGGCGAGAAUGUGGAAAACAAUGUCAGACUGUCACAAGAUACAGAAACGCACGAUCGACGAGGCCAAGCUCCUCCUCUUCUCGUACGCCGCCAACACAAACCUCCCAAAACCCUCCGAUUCCUCCCGUUUCAAGCCUUCCAGGCACGCUGCCGCCCUCAUCUCCGACCUCAGAAAUUGGCGCUCUACCCUCUCAUCCUACAUCACUGCCCAGCGAUCCUACGUCCACGCCCUCUCGGACUGGAUAUCACGGUGCGCUGCGUCUCAAAUCAGCGCAGAUGAGGAUCAAACGUCUCAGUCCCCAUUUCGUAUCGGCGGCGCACGUGCAAUGCCAUUGUUUAGGCUAUGCUUUCACUGGUCGAGGGUGGUUGACUCGGUGAGCGAAGGUGAGGUGGUUGAGGGAUUAGAGAGGUUGGCAGCGGGGAUAGGGGUGGUUGACUCGGUGAGCGAAGGUGAGGUGGUUGAGGGAUUAGAGAGUUCUCUUAUGUUUGGUUCUUCUUUGGGGUUUGUUGAUAUGGAGAAAUCUGAAAUCUUUCGUCCUAUUACUGUUAUUUUGGAUGGCUCUAAUUAUACUCUAUGGUCUCAACGAAUGAAAAGCUUCUUAAUUGGACGCAAGCUUUGGCGUAUUAUUACUGGCGAUGUUGUUGAACCAGUCCGAGAUGCUGAUGAAAACAAUACCAAGUAUGCAGAACGUCUUGAAGAUUGGGAUAGCAAAAAUCAUCAGAUAAUUACCUGGUUAUGUAACACCUCUAUUUCAGCCAUUCAUAUCCAGUUUGCUGAUUUUGAUACUGCAAAAGAAAUUUGGGAUUUCUUGUCCAAUCGGUACAAAACUACAGGUCUUGCACACUAUUAUCAACUGCUCACAACUCUUGCCAGUCUUAAACAAGACUCCGGACAAUCUGUUAAUGACUUCCUUGCUGUCAUUCAGCCUAUAUGGAAUCAAUUAGCACAAGCUAAUAUCAGUGAUGAUCAUCUUCGCCUUAUUCAGGUUCUCAUGGCUCUACGUCCUGAAUAUGAAUCUGUUCGUGCUGCUCUGUUGCAUCGUGAUCCUUUACCCUCUUUGGAUGCUGCUGUUAAAGAAAUCUUAUUUGAGGAAACACGUCUUGGUUUGAUCAAAUCUCCCUCACCGGAAGUUGCUCUUGCUAUCACUCGGCCACGUUCUGCAUCUGGCUCAUUUUUGUGCAAGAAUUGUAGAAAUACUGGACAUACAUUUGCAAAUUGCCCUACUAUUGAGUGCAGAUACUGUCACAAACAUGGUCAUAUUUUGGAAAAUUGUCCAACCCGUCCACCUCGUCCUCAAGGCACUUCAACAAAAUCUAAGUUUUUCUCUAAGGCUAGUUCUUCUGCUGCUGCUGUUACUGCUCCUUCUGAUGAGUCCCCUUCCUCUGUUCUUAAUGUUAGCGAUCUCGAAGCUCUUCUCAGACAGGUGAUAUCCUCCAAUCCUUCAUCUUCCACUGCAUUAGCUGUCACUGCAGGUUCAGGAUCUUCAAACGGGACAGAUAAUUGGCACGGGGCGCAAGGUGGGACGAUUAUUUGA